AUGCCAAUUCUAUAUGUUGGUACAUAUACACGCAAAGAAGGUCACGUGAAUGGCCAUGGCAAGGGAAUAUACGCUUAUUCAUUCCAUGACAUGACGGGCGUGCUCGAGUUGCUUGAAAUCACGGAAAAUAGUGGGACAAAUCCCUCUUUUGUCUUUGGUUCCGCUCGCUCGAUACUUUACAGUGUGAACGAAUGUAAUGAAGCGUCAGUGCUUCGAUCGGGACAAGAAACGGGAUUUAUAACCGCCUACAAAAUGGAAAAAAACGGCAAGUUAAUUCAACUCAAUCGACAGGAAACAGGUGGUACCUACUCGUGUCAUAUCGCGCUUAGUCCUAAUGGAGACUUUGUGUCCGUUGCCAAUUACGGUGGCGGUCUAGUACUGUAUCCUGUGAAUGCCGAUGGAUCACUUGCUCCUGCAUCCGAUCAUCAUUGUCUUGAAGGUGCAAGUUUAGUCAAUCCGGACCGUCAAGAUGCCUCUCAUAUUCAUAGCACAGCAUGGACAUCAACAGGUCUCGUGGCAGCCGACUUGGGAACGGACCGAAUCGGGCAGUACACACUCGACGUUGCUACCAAGAAACUAGUGCAUGAGGAGCUCAUUACUCGUCCUCCCGGAUCGGGUCCGCGGCAUUUUGCACUCUCCCCGGAGCUUGGUGUCGGCUACGUCAUUCAUGAAUUAGACAACACUGUUGGUGUGCAUCCAUUAGACACCAAGACUGGCAAAUUAGGUCACAAGGCGCUGCAAAAUAUCUCGACGCUGCCAAACAAUUACUCGGGUCCUCCUCCACUAGCGUCGGAUAUUCACAUCUCGAGCGACAACAAGUUUGUCUACGCGGCUACGCGCUUCAGCGACACCAUUGCUGUCUACAAGAUCCUGCCUGACACACGUCUCGAGGUAGUGGAGGUCAUCCCAACCCAUGGCAAGACGCCUCGCGACAUCCUCCUAUACAAGGACUUUUUGCUGGCGGUCAGCCAAGACACCAACAGCCUCGACGUAUUCCGUGUUGACAAAAACACUGGUAAACUCACGUACACGGGCAACUCAAUCGAGUGUCCGUCACCGUCAUCGAUGUUCAUGGCUCCGUAA